CCUGCCGUCCAGCGGCCCUGGGUCUCGCGCUCCUCAAAGCGACAAGAGUCUCUCCCGCCUCGCUCCUACGCCUCCGCGCGCUCUCCCUCAGCAGCCACCGCGUAACCCACCCGCAGCUCGCUGUCUUGGACCCGGACUCGGGGUCGCGCGCCCUGACUCCGCCUACUCCCCCCCGCGGACUCGCGCCCUCCGGGCCCGGCCUCUCGCUUGCGCAGGCCGCCGAGCACUCGCCUCGCGCUUCCCGGGCGCUCUCGCGCUUUCCGAGGCGAGCGCGCUCCCGGCCCGCGCGCUCCGGGCUCUGGCUUUUCCCGGCUCCCGUCAGUGCGGUGACUGCGCUGGGAAACAUGGCGACCGAGGGAAUGAUCCUCACUAACCACGACCAUCAAAUCCGGGUCGGAGUCCUCACAGUGAGUGAUAGUUGCUUCAGGAAUCUUGCAGAAGAUCGCAGUGGGAUAAAUCUCAAAGAUCUUGUACAAGAUCCUUCUUUGUUGGGUGGGACUAUAUCAGCAUACAAGAUAGUACCAGAUGAAAUAGAAGAAAUCAAGGAAACCCUGAUAGAUUGGUGUGAUGAAAAGGAACUUAAUUUGAUACUAACAACUGGAGGAACAGGGUUUGCACCACGAGAUGUCACUCCAGAGGCCACAAAAGAAGUAAUAGAACGGGAAGCGCCAGGGAUGGCCCUGGCAAUGCUGAUGGGAUCACUUAAUGUUACACCUCUGGGCAUGCUCUCUAGGCCUGUAUGUGGAAUCAGAGGGAAAACUCUUAUAAUUAACUUGCCAGGUAGCAAGAAAGGAUCUCAGGAAUGCUUUCAGUUCAUACUGCCAGCCCUACCUCAUGCCAUUGACCUUUUACGUGAUGCCAUUGUAAAAGUAAAAGAAGUGCAUGAUGAACUUGAAGAUUUACCUUCCCCACCACCACCUCUUUCCCCUCCUCCCACAACUAGCCCCCAUAAACAGACAGAAGACAAAGGGGUUCAAUGUGAAGAAGAGGAAGAAGAGAAGAAAGACAGUGGUGUUGCUUCAACAGAAGAUAGUUCUUCAUCACAUAUAACUGCAGCAGCCAUUGCGGCCAAGAAGCAUCCAUUCUACACCAGUCCUGCUGUUAUCAUGGCACACGGUGAGCAGCCCAUCCCUGGUCUCAUCAGUUAUUCCCAUGAUGCAACAGGCAGUGCAGAGGAACCGAUUCCAGACUCCAUCAUUUCUCGUGGCGUUCAGGUGCUCCCACGAGACACAGCCUCCCUCAGCACUACUCCUUCAGAAUCUCCUCGUGCUCAGGCUACAUCUCGCCUUUCUACAGCUUCCUGCCCAACACCAAAACAAAUUAGACGGCCGGAUGAAAGCAAAGGAGUUGCUAGUAGAGUUGGAUCCCUCAAAGUCCAGUCCAGGUGCAGCAGCAAGGAGAACAUUCUCAGAGCCAGUCACAGUGCUGUUGAUAUCACCAAGGUGGCUAGAAGACACCGCAUGUCUCCUUUUCCUCUAACAUCUAUGGACAAAGCCUUUAUCACAGUCCUGGAGAUGACUCCGGUGCUUGGGACAGAAAUCAUCAACUACCGAGAUGGAAUGGGGCGAGUCCUUGCUCAAGAUGUAUAUGCAAAAGACAACCUACCCCCGUUCCCAGCAUCAGUAAAAGAUGGCUAUGCUGUCCGAGCUGCCGAUGGCCCAGGAGAUCGUUUCAUCAUUGGGGAAUCCCAAGCUGGUGAACAGCCGACUCAGACAGUAAUGCCAGGACAAGUCAUGCGGGUUACAACAGGUGCUCCAAUCCCCUGUGGUGCUGAUGCAGUAGUACAAGUGGAAGAUACUGAACUGAUCAGGGAAUCUGAUGAUGGCACUGAGGAGCUUGAAGUACGAAUUCUGGUGCAAGCUCGGCCAGGCCAAGAUAUCAGACCCAUUGGCCAUGACAUUAAAAGAGGGGAAUGCGUUUUGGCCAAAGGAACCCACAUGGGCCCCUCAGAGAUUGGUCUUCUGGCAACUGUAGGUGUCACAGAGGUUGAAGUUAAUAAGUUUCCAGUGGUUGCAGUCAUGUCAACAGGGAAUGAGCUGCUAAAUCCUGAAGAUGACCUCUUACCAGGAAAGAUUCGAGACAGCAAUCGUUCAACCCUCUUAGCAACAAUUCAGGAACAUGGUUACCCCACAAUCAACUUGGGAAUUGUGGGAGACAACCCAGAUGACUUACUCAAUGCCUUGAAUGAGGGUAUCAGUCGUGCUGAUGUCAUCAUCACAUCAGGGGGUGUGUCCAUGGGGGAAAAGGACUAUCUCAAGCAGGUGCUGGACAUUGAUCUUCAUGCCCAGAUCCAUUUUGGCAGGGUUUUUAUGAAACCAGGCCUGCCAACGACAUUUGCAACUUUGGAUAUUGAUGGUGUACGAAAAAUAAUCUUUGCCCUACCAGGGAAUCCUGUGUCAGCCGUGGUCACCUGCAAUCUCUUUGUUGUGCCUGCACUGAGAAAGAUGCAAGGCAUCUUGGAUCCUCGGCCAACCAUCAUCAAAGCCAGGUUAUCAUGUGAUGUAAAACUGGAUCCUCGCCCAGAAUACCAUCGGUGUAUACUGACUUGGCAUCACCAAGAACCACUACCUUGGGCACAGAGUACAGGUAAUCAGAUGAGCAGCCGUCUGAUGAGCAUGCGCAGCGCCAACGGAUUAUUGAUGCUUCCUCCAAAGACAGAGCAGUACGUGGAGCUCCACAAGGGCGAGGUGGUGGACGUCAUGGUCAUCGGGCGGCUAUGAUGGUCACCAGCAGGAGAAAGCUCUGAUGCAUGUCUACAUAUCAUUGACUGUAUCCUGUAAUAUGCAACGGCACAGCUAGUUUUUCUGAUUUGGAUAAAAGUUGAUCUGUAUGGUCAACAUCUUGAACUAUAUUUCAAAAGAAUUUAAAUACCUUUUAAAGAAAAAAACACCUAAAAAUCUUAACAAACAACUCUAUUCUGAUUAUAUCAAAGCAAAUUUUUCCUUUCUUGCAAAUUGCUUUGUGUGUUCAAUGCUAGGUCUGAUAGCGAUAGCUUUUAGUAGACAGCAGUAGGUGCCUGCAGAACUUGUGUUUUUCUCAUCUUUAAAAUACAACUACUUAUGCUCUUAAAUCAAGGCUGUCUGCUUAUUUAUACUAGCGUAGGCAACACUUGGAUUUCCCUUCUUAGUAUGCUUCAUAACCGCUUUACAGAGAGCUUUUGCUUGUUCUUUAUCAUGUAUCUCGUGUUUAUGUGCACAGUGCCAAAUAAAGAGUGACUGGGUGGCGGCCCUGCCCUGCCUCAAGGAGAACCAUCCCCGCAGAGCGUUCGGGGGUGGGGGGGCUUCGCAUCCCAGUAGCCUCAUGGCACAGUACUCUUGGGCAGUAACUGGAUACCUUUUAUUUGAACAAACAAACUGGGGGGAAAAAAUGCUUCCUUAAGUGCUGACAGCCUUUUUAACCAAUACAUUUAAAAUUGUACAGAACAAAAAAUAAAAUCAAAGACUGAUCUUGUACAGAUAUUAGUGUUACCAGCAUUCAUGUGGAAAUCAAGAGCAAAGAAAAAACAAUGUUAAACAACUCUGUACCAUAACAUUUUCUGUAAUGAUACU